UUGGUUACUGUGUUGAAAUUGCAUGUUGCACUUGAUACACCUGUCGCCCGUUACCUACAACCAGUCCUGUAAAAUGUAAUACCGACUGUUUGGCUCAGGACCGACCGGCAAAGAUCAACGCGGCGAACCAGAACAGAACCGCCAACCAAAAUGUGACCACCGAACGAGUAACCAAACCAACAAAAACCAUACAAAUUCAUGAAUCCUGCAAGAUUACAUGAUUCAAAACAAUAUUUAUUGUAAUUAACUUUAGAUAACGAAUCUAGUCGCCAUAGCACUAUUUAAACGAAGCAAUUUAGACUUUAUUUUACUAGAAGAUACGGUUGAAGAUCGUAUUCAAGUACAAAGAUUAAGGAAUUGAGGAGACAGUACAAACGACUCGUGGGGACCCUAAUGUUGAUUUAGGAGUAAAUUGAUUUGAUUAGAAGUUCCCUGAGAUAACACGAACAAGAUGUCUACAAGUUUUGAACACUCUUCGAUGAAGAGUAGCUUCUCGUUGUCAUCUUUGAGGAGCGCGCCCGCGCCGCCUGGUGGCCGCUGUGAACAACUUGAGCGGCCGUAUCACAGUCUUACGAAAAAGAGGAAGGAGCCAUGUCGCGAAGCUUGGCGCCGCAGCUGGGGGUCUGCAGCGAGUGGCGGCAGCGCCGUCGACGACCUGUGGCCGCUGCUGCAGCACCACUACGACUACAUCAUGGACAACCAGAUUAUUGAUAGUUGCAAGGAAGCGAAUGGCGAGCUUCUCUCCCGUAACCCGGCCCUGCACUGCCCGCGUCUCCUGAAUCCGACCUCUGGCUUCAACCGCCAGUGGUCGCUGAGUCAGUUGGUCGCGGAGUUCAAUGAACUGUGCCAGUGGCUCAGUCAUGUGCAGGAGGAGAUAUAUUCUAGUCCCGAGAAUUUGUCCAGCAGGAAGUUGAGGAUAAAUCGUAUGACGGAGCUGGUGGCAGUGGAGCCGCGCCGCGCCAAGUUCAUAGAGCAGGGCACCGCUAUACUCGAACGUAUACCGGAGGCUAGUGCUGAAGUGACGUGGCGAAUAGAACAUUUGAAUGUAAAGUGGGAAGGUCUCCGGUUGCUACUUAGUCCUGAGCAGCAGCAUCGUGAAGGAGACAGUUCUGACACAGUUGACACAGCUCACGAGUUGAAAUGUCUUCGACGUUGGCUACACUGCAUGGAAGGUCGGCUGCCUCCCCCGUCGCUGGCAGCAGCGAGAGGAGCUUCAUACCACGAGCUGCUGAGGAAACUCGGAGAACAUAAGGUAUUGCAACGCGACGUGGAAUGCCACGGUCGGAUCGUGAGUUCGGUGGUACGGCUGUGCGGCGGUGGAGACGCUGCGCGAGCGCUUGAGAGACGGUGGCACCUGCUGUACCUGAGAGCUAUAGAGUGGCAGUGCCAUCUGGAAGCUUGUCUUGCUAGGAUCGAUAAUCAGGGCUGCAUAUCAGCAGAGGCUGCAAGUGACAGUGACGACGAACCUGCCUUAAAGCAGCCGCGCCUGAGCAGGCGAGGGUCUCCACGCAGACAGAGAACUCCAGAGGAACAAGAAUAUGUGUUAAAGUACACGUGGCGCGGCUUUGGGUCGGACUGUGAGUCGGAGUUAGACAGAGCGAGGUACAUAAAUAUGGCGGACGAGAGACGAGUACCUGGUGCCUGUGACGUCACUGCGAGGACCACGGACCAGACUGUGCCUGCGACAGAUCAUGUGGAUGGAUUGGAAACACACGUCCAUAUAGAAGAUAAAUUAAAGACACCUCCAACGGUAAUUAAAAGGAAAAAGCCAGUAGACACGUCGAAAUUUAAUCAAACCGAUCGCAAAUCGAAACAUCUUGCUACAUUCUACUUUAGACAUCAUGAUACAGACUCCGACAGACAAAUGAUCGAAACAGAAAAGUCACAGGAAGAAUCUAGCGAGGAAGAAUGGACUUACGUCGGUGGUGCUAAAAUUGGGAAUGAAGAUUCCACUGAUAUAAUGACGUCAUCCGUUGAGAUCCAGUGCGAACUACCCUUAGAUGAAAAAAAAGAUAAGCCACCCUCUCCGAAACCGAAGCUAGAGUCCUCGACACCAGAUUUGCUUAGAGUAGAAAGGUGUAAAGACAUAGAGAGGUUGGUCAAUCAGGCUGAAGAAUUGGUGCAGAAACAGGCGCUGUCAAAGAAGAAGGGAUCGAGGAGCUUCAAGCCGCUGUCGUUUGAUGAAGAGGGGAAGAAUGGUACAGAAAGCUAUGACGCCUCAGGAGAAUACACAACUGAAAGUGAAGUGGACACCUCGUUGACAUCCGAAGAACGAAACAUUCACUCCUCCAUGGAUAUGAGCACUUCUACCUGCACUGUAACUCCCACACACCACGCCAAGGUAACACUCCGUAAGAAGCGAGCUGGCAACAGCGCACGGCCGUGGUCUGUCUCCUGCCUAUCGCAACUCAGCGGCGCCGGCGCAUCGCUGGUGGCCACGCCCACAGCAGGCGACGUUGCUGCUAUGUCACACAACAUGUCUAUCUCUGAAUCUGCUUUGAACACACUCGCGUCUCCACAAAGAGUUACUCCAGCAAAUUCGAACUCCAAACUCCGUGGAAGUUCAACCACUGUACAGGGCCACGUAUCAAGCACGAACACGAUGACAGAAGCUUGCACCUCCUGCGUGGAAGCGAGCGACAAACACGGCUGGCUACGACGAAAGAGGUUGAAGUUCCGACGCAACAACACCGCGGUACGGCGGGGAGAGAGACUCGUCAACGACGAGGAACUGAUCAAACAACAGCUAGCCACAAUCGCCCACCUGCGCAAGAGCAUCGAAAAGACCCACAUCUCGACUAGGGAACCCGAUAGUGCCAUUCCAGAACAAAAUGAGGCCGAGCCUGUGGCCCCGAGCUUUAAACUGGGCCCAGCUGGAGGACCCGUCAGGCCACGACUCGCUCGAAGCCUUGAGAGGGAGAGGAACUUUAUAGCCCUCAGUUUAGGAGACCCCAGUCGGUUGUGGGACUUAUCUAUUGACAAGGACUCCGAUAUAGACAAAAGUGUGACUGCUGGAACCGAAGAACAUAGCUCAUUCUCUGAACAGGCGUGGGAUUUCUAUCAGGAAAAGUACAACUCGGAACCAUAUUCAGAAGCUCCAGACUCAGACGCAGCGCGACGUCUGCUAGAGUUCGGUGACGACUACCGCGCCUUCCUCGACUCACAGUCUGACUGCUGCUCCAGCUUGUCCGCGCAGCCCGAGAACGACCAGAGCCCCAGUGGCACACGUCGCCGCCGCCCUCCGUCCGAUGUAUCUAGAGAACGAAGCCUCCCACGACACAAGCGACCUACCAGAAACUCGCCAAUAGAAACGCCCUCGAGAAAACCUAAGAAGUCCAUGUCUAGCGCUGAGCGUAAGAAGUCGCUCCUUGAUAGUCUCGAGCGAUCCAGAAACAACACUAGCAUCGAAAGCAGUGAAGGUGUCCGUCGUCGCAAACCUUCGGAGAACGAACGCAAAAACAGUAAGCGAUCUCCCGAAUUCGACUUGCUCAACGUACAGGCUCUGAGCCGCAGACGACACAGCUCAAACAUGACCAGCGACGAGGUGAACAGCUCGCUAGAGUACACCGAGGUGAACAACCGACCUGAUAUACUGGACUCGCUGGGCAGGCGGAGGAGGACAGACAAUGGCGAGUCGGAAUUACAGAAGAUCGCGUUGUCUGAGCUGCGGCGGCGAUCAACAGAGAGCGUGGAGUCGGAGGACGAGUCGUCGAGCCCCACGAAGCACAGGCGGCGCAGCUGGGACUCGGGCUCGGAGGGCGAGGCGGCGCGCGCGCUGGUGCGGCGCUCGGGCGCGGCGCUGGGCGCGGCCGAGGCGCUGCUGGCGCGCCACGACGCCGAGCCCGACCUGCUGCGCGCCUUCGACUACGUAAGGACACAAUUCGAUACCGAUUUCAGUAGUAGCUAUUCGGACAGCGACGACAACGCGUCGUGCGUCACGCGCCGCCCCGCAUGCUUGCGCGCGCGGCUCUGCCUGGCCGUCGCCGCCUUCUCCGUCCUAGUUAUAGUUUACAUACAUCUCCAAUGA